AGUGCUAGCAGAAACUCCCAGCCAAGCUAUUUGGUGCCUUCCAUGGACAUAGCCAGAGGCCUUUUGCCGUUUGAGCUGCGUUUGCUCCCAACAGCUAUUUUCCCAUCAUCUUCAGGGAGAAGUGUGCAGGUGUGAGAAGGCCUCCUGUGGCCACCAGCUGGACCAUGCUGAUCACGCAUGAACUUACUUAUUCUCUGCUGGACUUUGCCUCUGCUCUUUCACUGCUUGCAUGCAUUUGCAUGUUUUCAAAUGACUUUUAUCCUUUUCUCAUUACAUUCUUUUUCAAAAAUAACUAAAGCUCUUGCUUCAAUUCUUCAUCUUCUCCCCUUUUCUGGUUAGAUGACUGUAGGAAAGGUUUCACGUGCAAUUGGAGCUGUGGCUGAAGUUCUUGUCAAUCUGUAUGUGAAUGAUCACAGGCCCAAGCCACAAUUUUCCCCCCUUGAACUGGUAAGGCUAAACCCGCCAAGAAACAGUAACUUGACUUAAAAGAGCAGUGUUUCCACAGUGUCACCCGAGCUUAAGACCUGGGUUGUGGAACACUUUAAGCACAAUGAGAGGUCUUAGUCCAACACUUACUGAAGAAUCGAGUGCAUAUUGUCAAAAUAUGCUGAUGUAUGGAUAUGCUGGAAACAUUGUGCACCAUGUCUUCUACUUACUUAUUACUUGUUUGUAUGAGUUAAAACUUUAUGAGGCUUUUAUUAAAUGUAAUUACUGUACAGUUAGUAACAGAAGAUAAUUAUUAAUGAGAGCAGCUUCUAGAGAAAAUUUUAUACAGUACAUGUUUAUGCAUUUAUUUUAACAUUCAAAUGAAUCACCAUGCUUGACUUUGAGGAAAGCUGUCUUUAAACUCUGGCAAUAUUCUGUGUUGGAUUCAGAACCAGUCACUGGACAGAGCUCCGAGUUCUUGC